AUGUUCUUUUUUAAUUUAGACAAUGAUCUUGAAGAUGUGGAACUGUUCGUGACCAGAUAUAAACCCGAACGCUUGGAUGCCCUAUGUAAGACGACCAAGUUUACAAGAAAAGAAAUUAGAUUAAUGUACCAAGGUUUCAAACAAGAGUGUCCCACAGGGGUAGUGACAGAAGAAAAUUUUAAAGACAUUUUUGCCCAAUUUUUCCCCCAAGGAGAUUCCACACAAUAUGCACAUUAUGUGUUCAAGUCCUUCAAACAGUCUCAUGGAGGUACCAUUAAUUUCGAGCAGUUCCUCAGUAUCCUCUCCCUGCUGUCAAGAGGUAGUGUCGUUGACAAGCUGAAGUGGGUCUUCGGUCUGUACGACAUCAAUGGCGAUGGCUAUAUUACCAAACAAGAAAUGCUGAACAUAGUCAGUGCCAUAUAUGACAUGCUGGGCCAUUACACAGAUCCUGCUGUCACGGAACACUCCGCUAAGGAACACGUAGAGAAGAUAUUUCAUCAAAUUGAUUCUAACAAAGAUGGCGUAGUGACUUUGGACGAAUUCAUGGAAUGGUGUCAAAAAGAUGAACUACGCACGAAAAGUCUCUUCAUGCUUGACACUAUUUUGUGACCCAUCGCUGAAAUUUGUGCAUCCAACGAUAUUUAGAGCUCGUGACAGGAUUUUUAUCAGUCAAGUUUUCCAUGAACAUAUUAUGCCUGUCCUGUCUUUUUCAGUGUAUUUCCUAACUAGACAUGUUUAAUCAACUGCAACACUAAGGAAGAGAUUUCGAUUCAGUUAUUGAAACUAAAUGGCAAUUUUGAUACAAGCCAUUGGGAGAAAAAUUUUCUGUAAACAGUUCAUUAUUUUUUAAAUAGUAAGUUUGAUUGUGAAAGCAUAUUUAAGUACAUUUAUUAUGAGAAUAUGAAGCUAUAUUCCCCCUCAAUGACUAUUCUUGGCUGACUGAAAAACAUUUUCUUAAAACUGUUUUUGAAUGCUAAUUUAUUUAAAUUUUCUUGCAAAUAUAAAUAGAAAAUAAUUGCUUUUCUGGAAAUUCUUAAAAAUAUGAAUGUAUCAAAUUCUUUGACAUGUUUACAGUGAUUAAAUGCUGUGAAAAUAUUUAUUACUUUUUGAGGUAAAAGGUAAAAAUAAUUCUUAUUUUACCUUUUACUGAUAAAUUUAUCAAAUGCUUCAAGGAAAGCUUCCUGUAUAUGAUAAAUAAUGAUUAUAUCUCUUCCAAAAACAAAACUGUGCCAACAAAAUUUGUAUCAUGCUUUUCUUCGGUAAUUUUCUCAUUAGAUCUGUUUAAUUUCAUGAAAUCAUUAUAAUUUUAUAGGCAGAUUUCUGAUUCAAAUUACACAACAGAAUCAUUUUACUAUACCGCAAUGUAUAGAUACGAAUCAGAAUCAAUAGCAGCAUGUUCAGUAUUAGACACAAAUUAGAAUUAAACAUUAUUUACUUUUACGUAAUAUUAUCUUGUACGGAAUGAGAAGCAGAUAAUAUUACUAUGGUAAAGAUUUGAAUACUUGAUUGAUCUUACGCUUACGUUUCUUAAGUAUUCAAGAGUAUUAAAAGAAAUUCUUUAUCUCCAAAGUGUAAUAAAAACCUCUCUGUCUUUAAUGAUAUAGAGAAACAUUAUUUGUAUUUAUGCAUAUUCCUCUAGUAAUUUGAAUCAUAAGAACUAUCUAAAUUCUUGUGAAAAUGUAGUACUUUAUAGUUGUAGUUUUCUUGAGUAUGAAAGAGAACGAAGAGAAAUGCGAGAUAAAGUAAUAGUUGUAAUAUGUAACAAAGAAAAUAACAAAGACUCAUUCAUAUCAAAUACUGACAGAUAUCAUUUACAUAUAUACCAGUACAUUACCUAGAAUACUGUUAACUCAUUCCGUACUGAGCCGCAAUCGAUGAAACGUGAAUCAUUCUCUUGUAAAUUUAAGUGUAAAUUUGUGUGGAUUUGUUCCAUGGAACGUGAUUUCAUAGCAUAAGGUACAAAACCUAUUACUACCUGAAAUAGAGAUCAAAUUCAGAUAUAUGCAUUUAUAUGCAAAAUACAACUGACAUAGAAAUAGAUAACAUAGAAUUAGCUUUAAAAGUUUCUCCCUUGCGUACGAUACAUAUGUAUAUGCACAUACACAUUUGUAAACUUUCUUUUUUAUCCAUAAACAUAUUUUUAUUUGCAUUCAUGACAUUAAAUCAUUGUUCUUUCAGUACUUUUGAGAGAACAGCAGAAAGUUAUGUGUAGAAACUCUCGUUACAAACUUCAGAUUCAAAUUCUCCUGAUAAAAGUAAUAUCUGAAAAAUAGGACUUUUCAAAUACCUUAAAUUAUGGUUAAACAAUAUUUCUCCUAUGUUGACCUUUCCUUUUUGAAUGGUAAUUCUUGCAAAGAUCACAGUUUUUCUUAUUGCUGCAGUAGGUCCAAACUUUACAUUAAUUUUUUAACUUACUUUAACGAACUUAGAUUCCCUGAAUACUUUUAGCAUUGUGCAAGAUUAAACUGAAAUGGCAACGUUUCUUCUUUCUCAACACACGCUCGAUCGUUUUGUUAAUUCAUGUCAAAGCCAACAAUUUUGGCUUGAGUGUUUCAAAGUUAUGUUUGAACGUCAAAACAGACGUUUUGUUAAUUCGAGUGAAAAAGUAACCAUUUGUACUUGAAAAUUUCAAAUUCAGGUUCGAAUGUCAAAACAAUCGUUACGUUAAUUCUAGUCAAUCGACAUUUUUUUUUUUUUUUUUUUUUUUUUUUUUUUUAAAAACGAAAAUUGUUUGUACAAGAUUAAUCGAUGACAGUCGAUCAUUCUUUAGAAUAUAUAUUGACUCACUCUACGAAAUGAUAGAUACUCAUUCUACUAUUUUCAUUCAUUACACAGUCGUUGAUUUUGUUAAUUCUGUUCCUUAUAUAUUGAUCAUUUACCCAUAGUCUUUAGUCUUUCCCAGCGAUAUCUCCUGGAAAAAAUUUUAAAUGCACUCAAUUUGCAAUCACAGUCGAUUUUCCUACAGAAGAUGUUUUUGAAACCCUCUACAAAUGCUUAGCACACCAGACUCCUUUUAAUUUCCCUCUUAACAAGAACCGUAGAUUUAAUUAGUUUCAAAAUUCAUUCAAUUUGAAAUGAAUAGUUUUCCUAAACUUUUAUUUUAACACCACAGUUUCUAAGAGAGCUGGAAGCAUAACUGGCACAUUUUCAUAAAUGAAACAGCCCUGAUAGCAAGUGAAAUCAACUGAGGAUCUGCUGUUUUUAAAUAAAUCAAAGUGAAUGCCUCUUACCUUAAGACUAAAAUGUAAAUAUAAAAAAUAUUCGAAAUCCAUGUUUAAUAGUGUAUCUGGCUCUACGUUUAUAACUUCCUGAGUUUUAUUUAAAUGUUCGUUUGUUACAUGAAAGAAUUUUUCAUAUCAGUUAUACAAACCAGCUUCACUUUGGUUUAUUUAUAUCUGAUAAUACAUAACACAAAUGAAAUAUUAAUUGCAAAUAUCCGCACAUCUUUGGUGUUCACAUCACUAGAAGGUUACUAGCAUGACUGAAAGUCAAACUGUAGUUUUAUACAUGUAUCACUAGAUCUCAGCUACUAGAUUCCUCUAUUUUGCGAAUGUUCUCUUCUUGUACCGACUGUCAGAUAGAUUUACUCAAGUGAUAGCAAUACAGAAUUUAACAUCUUUAUAUUAUAUCUAGAUUUUUCAGCACACACUUGCCUUGAAGUAGGUUUAAUAUUUAAUCGUGCAAUGGAAAUGUAUAAACAACAUGUGAUUCUCGUAAAUAUCUCGUAGUUUAAUAUUAGAUAGUAUGUCAUUCCCUUUUCCCUUUAUUUUCUUUGUAUAAACUUGUGAUUUGCAUUUCGGAAAUGACAAACUCUUAAAAGGUAGCCGCUAGUAAUGAGAACAUUUCCCCACAUUAAUUGAUUUCUUUUAUGAUAAUUAAUGCUUUAUCAUUUUCUGAAAGUUAAACCAUUAUAAUACGAAAAUAAAAUAAAAUGAGUAGCAUUACUUCACGGCGAUGUUUGGGAAACGUAGCUUUUGUAUAUCUUAUUUGCUUAAUCUGGCAUGGAGGCCAUCGUUAAUGCUUUGACUUCUUAUUCAGCAAGUUCUCAUUUCUAAAAAUGCAUCUUUCAGUUUCACAAAUCUCUUGUUAAGAAACAACUUUUAAUCGCUGUUAUUUUUUUUUUCUGACUAAGAGCUUUCUCUCCAAAUGCUAUGCAAUAAAGGUAAUGUAGUAGAAUUGCAGCAAGGUUACAAUUAGGACAGCGGUUAGUUCUUAAGCUAGGAGAAUGUCUGACUUUUGCGAAUUUCGCAAUAUCUGGGCAUUAGUACCAAGACAAUGGCUUAGUAUUAUUACGAAUAAUUAAAAGCCAACGAAUCUUAAAUUCGUGAGUGAGUUUUAUUCAGCACUAUUGUUGUUUUACGGACGGUGGAAACUUAGGUUUAUAAUGACACGUUCUUUAAGGCUAGAAAGUUCAAAGUGAUGAUGUAUUUGUGUCAUGUUUUAUAAUGUGGAAAAAGAUACCCCCCAAAACCUAAACAGAGUUAUUUUCAUGCAAUUAUAUUCAAUUUUUGUGCUUACAUAUUUAAUCCUGUUUCCAAGUAUUCUCCAUCAACAUCAUAUAUCUAAUUCUCUCAAAGUUAUUCCUUCCUGCCGGAAACGGAAAUAAUUCUAGAACUCUGGACUCGAAAUGUUAUUCAAGGUACGCAAAUAUUUUUUUCUUACCUCAUCUAAAUCACUGAAUUGCUUUUUUAGCUAUUAAAUGUUUCUUUCUAUCCACUAAACUAAUUGAGCUAAUUGAACUAACUGCACUAUUUGAAAGCUUUCUUUACCAGUGAAUACAAAGAAAAGCUGCACUGAGCAAGAUUUGGCGAGUAACGCAAGUAAGAGGCAAGCAUCAUUUUGUUCUCCCCCAUGAAUUAACGGACGAAGAGAUUUUCUUCAGUAACCCUGAAAAUGAUCUUUUGGUGAUCUUCCUGUUGGAACUUCUAAAUAUUUUCAUAAUUUAUGCUUGUCAUUGAAUGUUCAAAUCAAAACAGUCUUCAUAUAAAAUUUCGACAUUUUUGAACUGGAAAAUCAGUCUUUAUUUACUCAAAGCAUAAUCUUUAAUGAUUUACCGAAAUAUAACAAUGGCUUCAGCUGACGUUUUUCUUAACAAGAAACAAAACUUCACACACUUUCUUUAUUUUUGUAACCGUGCAUCACAAUAAUCGCAAUACACUGAGAGUGGAACGCACACGAAUUAUCACUGAAAAAAAAAAACAGCUGUACCUAUUUGGUACUAGAGAAGUAGGCGGGAGAAAUCUUCAGCUGAUAAGGCCUAGAAGCACAAUCCAUAAUUAAGAAAUGCUUGAGUGUAGUAUUACCAUUCUUUUUAUUUGCCGGCCGCUUUUAUGAACGUAGCAUGUUUGAAACUGGCAAGAGCAACAUUUUAAAGCUGUAACUCACUUUCUUUUUUUUUUCGCAGUUACCAGGAAAUGGCUAGUAACAAAGGAUAUUGUCAUUUAUUUUCGUUUCUUCUUAAGGGGUAUAAAUACGUAUGCUAAAUGAAAUCCUCCUAGUACUGUAAUUCCUCCAAAUAUUAUUCAAGGGUAGACGGCGGAAUUUAUAGUCUAUCGGGGCCAAACACUAUAAGUUUCAAAAUACGAUCAAAAAUGAUUGUUGCUAAAAUUCUGAAGUCUACUUUGAACAGAAUGUAUAUAUUAAAGCCCCUUAAUGCAAAAAUUGCGAGGAAAAUCGCAAAUAACACAUCUGAUUCAAUCCAUUUAUAAAGAAACUUUUAAAAAUAGUCGUUCUGUGCUUGCCUUUGUAUAAUGUUCUAUGUUCCCACAAUUUUCUUUUGAUGUUUGGGAAUGGAAUGUCAAAGUGCACGAUUUUGGGAGUAAAAUUUAUUCCAUUGUUCAUUCACAAAGACAUUAAUCAGAUUAGGUAAAAUACUACAAUAGAAAACUAUAUGUAUUCAAUUAAAAUUCAAUUUUCAGUUUAAAUCCAUUUUCAGCUUACGAUUAAAAAUAUUCGUUUGAAAGAUAUUUGAUUCUGUAAAGAUUCACACAAUGAAAUUGAACAUCUUCUCAAAGCCAUGCAUGAAAUCACAAAAUCACGUAUGAUCUCACUAACAAAGUAAUUCCCAUUCUAAAACAGUAUAACCUCUCGUAUUAAUUCAUUGUGUUUUUAAGGAGUGAAAUUCUUGAAACUGCUAAAAAACAUCAAAUAAUAACACAUUAUAUUGUCAAUGCAUGAGUAUCAUUUCGCUUAUCAUGUCGCAGCUGUUAUACACAAUCAUGUACUACUAUGUAAUAUGCAACUGAAGAAAAUGUAACCGGCUUGAAGAAAAUUUUAAAUAUUUAUUAUGACGCAUUUAUUUUGUAAUGGUGUAAUAUUUUUUAAAUGUUUCCAUCACCUAUUAGUACAAAUUUAACAAAAAUAUUAAUGCGGAAUUGAUCUGUGUGUUUUUCUUUGUUUUCAACUUGCUAGUAAUAUGCACAUUUUUUCUCUUUUCCUCUAAUAAUAGUAAAUGAUGUGGAUGGUAUAGCGUAGCAAACACGUGUAUUAUUUAAAUACAUCAAGCAAUAUUAAUCUCUUUUGAUGUAAAUAGGUUUCAUAAAUAACGUUUUUAAUUAAAUAUCAAAAUCUGACUAAGCCCCGAAACUGUAGACUUAAAGGUCUUAUUUUUAAAAAUUAUUAAACAUUUAUACAGCAUUUUAUAAUAUGUUAACUAUUCACAUGAAACAGUUUCCUAAACGUUUAAUAAUAAAACGGAAUAUCAACCUAAUAUCAAAUUAUUACUUUUAUGCAAUAGUAAUCCAUAAACUCUACUUAUUUUUUAAUUACUUUGACGUAAAUGUGACGAAUUUGCAUUAAUAUCCCUUUGUUUUUAAAACACUUUGACAUCAUCUCAGGGUAUUGUUUGUUUUUCAUUGUUUUGACUGAAUAAUUUAAAAUUCUCAAUGAUUUUCAAAUUCAAGGAUAUGAAUAAGUGAUUAUAAGGAACUGUAGUCAAGUUACUCUAAUGCGUAAUUCUGUCAGCUACUUGAGCGUUUCGGAGCUUAGUAGAUAUUUAAACAUAUAUCCUAAAUUAGUAACAAUAUCUCGAGGCAGUAAACUAGAAACAAAUGUGAAAAUUUAAAAUAGUAUUAAACAAGUAGAAUUUAGAAAGCUUUUCCAAUUUUAAACCCACUUCCUAAAUAUUGAAAUUAUAUUUGUGAAAUCUGAAAGUAGUUGCAGACUAAUACUCGAGAGAAUAAUUAUUUAUAAUUAAUUAAAGACAUGACAUUAGUAAUGUAAAAUCAGGAAAAAAUACAGAUUAAUGAAAAACGAAACAUGCCCGUAUGUGUGUGCAUGUUUGUGAUAUGUUUCUUUACAGCAAGUGUUACAUUAUCUUUUGUCUCUCACAAUCUAGUAAAUUGUUAAUAGAUUAAUAAGAUAAUAAUGUAGUUAUAAGUUGGAAUUAUUUUCCUGUGGUUAAUAUAAAUUCAUUCACUAACUGUGCAAACUCUGUCGCUACAUAAAAUAGUGAUAAGUAAAAUCCCUUGAAAUGUAAGUAUUUUACCAGUGAAGUUCUUCACCCAGCUGCUUAAUAAUAAGUGAAAAGUUUUGUUUUUAGUCAAAAAUAAGUUAUUUAAGACAUCAUAUCUAGAAUAUAUCAAAUGAAAUUUAAUGUUUUCUUGAAAAAAAAUAGAAUGUAAUUUUAAGUCAGUUUGGUAUUAUUUUAGUGAAAUUGUAUAUGUAUAAAACUUCAUGUUUCAUGAUUGUAAAGAGCUUGUAACUUGCACUUCAUUGCGUUAACAUAUGUGAUUCACAGCUGUGAAUGCACCCACAAUGUACAUGAUGUUUCAAUUAGUAUAGUAUGGUUAUUGUAUAAAAGUCUUCUUUACAGAUUAGUAUAUUUUUGAGAAGAAUUUCUCUAAGAUGUGAUAUUCGAAAACUUCAAGAGUGUAAAUAAAUUUCAAAUUGUUUGGAAAAAGUGUGUGAUAUAGAAAUUAGAAAUAUUAUAAAUUACUGCAUGUUUCAUUGAUGGAUUAAAAAAUGGAUAAAUUAUUUGA